AUGGAAGAAGCGAAGAUCGAUGUGCUACCGCAAGCUCAUGGAAUUAAGCCAGGCGGACCAAAGGGAAAAGCUAAAAUCACUGACUUUCAGCAGAGAGAAGUCCGCGCCAAUAACCUUAUAAACCAAAGUUCAGAUGUGGACAAGGACCGUGUAAAGCGAGACCAGGAGAAGUGGAAGAACCGGAGAAGUACAUGCUACUGCAAGCUCAGGGAAUUAAGCCUGUACUGUGGAGCAGAGAUCUACGCAUUGGUAUGUCGGCAAGGUGAAAUAUACACUCUAAAUACUACCGACAUUCCAUCAUUUCCACCGCCAGAGAGUACUCUGAGAGGACUGAAGGGGAAGGUGGAAGUUGCAGACUUUCAGCUGAGAGAAGUCAGGAAACUGACUGGAAGUGCAACCAGCAACAUUUCAAGAAAUCUGAACAAAGUGAAGUGGGUGAAAGCAGGAAAGUCAAUGCCAAGUGUAAAACGGGCUAUACAACCGCCCGUUUGGGUGACUUCGCCUGUUGAAAUGACACUGUCGGGCAUAUCGGCAUUUGAUCCUCCUGAGCGCCUGGGAGAUGACGAAGGUCGAUUCAUUGGGGGUGACACUUUAAGUGUGAAAAGAGCUAUUCAGCCCCCCAUUUGGAUGACUUCGUCUGUUGAAAAGAUGCUGCUGGAUCCUCCUGAGCACCUGAGAGAUGAUGAAAGUCAAUUUGUUGAAAGUGGCCCUUGUAACAAUAUUUUCAUACCUUCAUUUGAUCCCCUGUACAAUUUGUAG